AUGAAACAGCGUGUAAAGUUAGCACAGGCACUGGCACAUGACCCGAAGCUGCUACUUCUUGACGAACCCACAAAUGGGAUGGAUACAAGUGGUAGAGAAGAGAUGCUCGAACUCGUCAAAGACAUAGCAACCGACAAAAACAUCAACGUCAUCUUAUCCUCGCAUCUGCUCCCCGAUGUGGAGUUCGCAUGCCAAGAGAUUGUUGCCCUAUCACACGGUAGUGUUGCUAUCCAAGGACAGAUACAAGCACUCAAAGGAAACAAGGGACAAUCUUUCGAUCUGAAGAUUGUGGGUGACAGCGAGGCUUAUAUCACCGCUUUGGAACACCACAACUUUCAGGUUGAACUGCACCCCGAUAAACGCCUGCGGGUUACGUCCGGAAGUCAGGAACAGACGGAAACAACAUUCUUCUUUAAACUCGCUUAUGAUACAGCCGCUGUGAUACCACCACUGAGUCUGGCCAAUGAGAUGCUCCGCAUCGCUGGGAUGGGCGGUACCCGUAUCGCAACGUCCGCAGAAGACACAGGCAUAUUUGGGAAUCCAGCAUCGCUUGUGCAUGUAAAACACCACAACCUCGCGUUCGGCGCUGCUGCUGAAAAUGUCCACUGGGCAGAACUACCGAAACACGGAACUACACAACUUGCUGCCGAAGCCAAUAUCGACAUUUCGCCGGCACUCUACUAUUCACACGCAUUUGGUAAAUGGGGUGCGAGUGCCGGAUAUGCCGCAAGAUUUACAAAUUUUGCGAACUUCACAUUUGAAAGUACCCGUGCCGAAUAUAAUCGAAACUCGCGUCAAUUUUCCGCCACAACGGAUCUGCUCACAGACUACAACUUGCUCCAAGAAAGGAGUUGGGUAAUAGGAUUCAGCCGCGAACUCGGAAAAUCAGCGGCGGGUCUGCGUCUUAGAUUGUUGAGGCAAGUUGUAAACCGGGGAACGGUGAUCUCGACUUUAAAUUUGGAAGCACGCCACGGACCCGAAGUAGACGUAGAUGUCCCUGAAGAACUGAUUGAGGCAAUCGUUGAAGAGCUGCAAUUCGGGAACAGAGUCCGGGAUAUCGUCCAUGAACGACAGCCGACACUUGAGAGAACAGUCAACCGAUUAGAACUGGACAUCGGAUUUCAACGUCCGGUAUGGUUUGACCGAAAGCAGACGAACCCACCACUGCUGGUAGGUGUCCUCUUUGAAAAUCUCCUGCACGCAGACUUGGUGGAACCUCUCCCUUUCCGAGUCGGUAUCGGUGUCGCAUAUCAACCUUUGGCGUGGAUCACGGUGGCAGCGGACCUCUCUCGCGCCACGGAGCCGUCUAAGAGGAGGGGGCCCCUGAUGCUGAACAACAUGACUCCGACACAUAAUGCAAUUCCGGUUGGUGUUGCUGAAGUAGAUAUUACGCCAGAUUAUCCGAUUCGACUUAGCGGUUACGGUAGUCGUCGCACAGAGUCCGACGGUAUCAUCCAGCGAAUAUGGGCGAAAGCACUCGCCAUUGGCAGCGAUACAGAUGAACCUGUCGUCUUAGUAACAGUCGAAAACUGUGGCUUACCGGAUGAGUUGACCGAGGAAGUGUCCCGACCGAAUUAA